GCCCACGGACACGAGGUUGAUUGAUGAGCGCACGCGUGGUACAUACUGUGGCUAUCGUGAAAUGUGCCACUUGGCCAAUUUGGUCUUUCGCUCAUAAUCGUGUCGAAGCAUUCUGUCUUUAAACCAAGCGGCAAUCCCUGUGUCACAUCAAGAUGCCCAGGGAAGACAGAGCAACGUGGAAGGCUAACUACUUCCUCAAACUUGUGCAACUGUUUGAUGAAUACCCCAAGUGUUUCAUUGUUGGGGUAGACAAUGUUGGCUCCAAGCAAAUGCAGCAGAUUAGAGCUUCCUUGAGAGGCUUGGGAGUGGUUCUGAUGGGCAAGAACACCAUGAUGCGUAAAGCCAUCCGUGGACACUUGGAAUCAAACCCAGACUUGGAAAAGCUGCUUCCCCACAUUAAGGGCAAUGUUGGCUUUGUGUUCACCAAGGGAGAUUUGACUGAGGUCCGUGAAACCAUCCUGAAGAACAAGGUUGCAGCCCCUGCCAAGGCAGGUGCCAUCGCACCUGUUGAUGUGUUUGUGGAUGCCCAUAACACUGGCCUAGGACCCGAGAAAACCUCCUUCUUCCAAGCUCUGUCGAUCCAGACCAAGAUUGCAAGAGGCACCAUUGAAAUUCUGUCCAAAGUCCACUUGAUCAAGAAAGAGGAGAAGGUUGGAGCCUCUGAAGCGGCACUGCUCAACAUGUUGAAGAUCUAUCCCUUCUCGUAUGGUCUCAAAAUCCAGCAAGUCUGUGAAGCAGGGUCUGUGUUCCAUCCUAAUAUCCUGGAUAUCACCACAGAGGACAUCCUUACCAGGUUUUCCGAGGGAGUGCGUCGUGUAGCGAGUGUCUGUCUGCAGAUUGGGUAUCCAUCGCAGGCUAGCGUGCCUCACUCCAUCAUCAAUGGAUUCAAACGCCUCCUCGCUGUUGCGUGCGCAACCGAGAUCAAAUUCAAAGAAGCAGAGCAGAUGAAGGCAUUCUUAGCUGAUCCCUCCGCCUUCGUUGUGGCCGCUCCAGCAGCUGCAGCCGACGGUAAGGAUGAGAAGGCAGAAGAGAAGGCAGCAGAGCCAGAGGAAGAGGAGGAAUCCGAUGACGAUAUGGGAUUUGGUCUCUUUGACUAAAGACCACCAGCCCCUUCCUUCAUUCUCUCACGCACUGCAGAUACUGGUUACUGUAUUUACACACUUUCUGUUUCAACCAAGAAGUAGUCUAACAGUGCACAUUUUGAGACAGGUCUUACUUCACAUCAAGGAAGUCUCUGAUACCAGCAUUCGUUUCUCACAAAAUAAAUCCACCUGUCCUGUAUGUGACAGCGUGUGACGGUUUUAAGUCAUGUGACAUCACUGAGAUUUGUAGAAGUUGCACUUUUGUGUUUUUCCCAUUGGUAUUUAUUUUUCCAGAAAUAAAUCCACCGGUGUAUCAAGUUCUUCUUUGAUAGUUCAGAUGUGAUAAAUUCAUGGUGUAUCUGAAGAAGUCACUUUCAUAAUUUGGAGAAGUAUCAUUCCACACUGCAAGGGAAAGAAUCUCAGUAAAGAUGGCGAAUCCCAUGUACGCUGCCAUCAUAAAGUGUACCGUCAUACUUUGAAAGAACUGUUUUAGAUUUGAAUAUUUUUCUCUGUAAGAAACCAAGUACCUGUAGUGUGUUGAAGAGUCACAUCCUGUGUGAAAUAAAUCACACCCAAAUACUA